UAGUACUCCGUAACUCUUAUAAGUAUUGUUAUGUGUAGUAUAUAAGUGUUGGUGGGUCAAUAAUUGUUUGAUCCACAAAUUAAAAAGUGCACUUUCCUUCUAUAGAAACUACCACUUUACAUACUAUUUCUAUUUAUAACAACUUGGCUUCUUAAUUUUCUCCUCAAAAUCCUAUAUUUGUCUUUCAAUUCAAAGCCAUUAAGCCAUCCUUUUCUUGAUCUUCCUCCUUCAACGAAGGAAACUAACACCGUUUUAUCUUGCAUAGGAAGGAAACUAAAAUUAAGAAGUUGAUCCGGCCAUCCAGUUUUAGAUGCCUGAAAUUCUUCCUUGUUGCUGCAGAAAUGGCGAAAAAAUGCACAACCUGUAAAACAGAGGAGAAGUAUAAAUAUUGGUCUGAGUUCCCUGCAACAAAGCAACAAUUCUGCCUGAUGAUGUAUCAUGAUUUCAAGAACAAACUGGGAAUUCCUCAAGAUUUCAUAGAUUGUUUCAAGGUACAACUAUCACCAUGGUGCACACUAAUAGGGCCAAGCAAGAAUAAAUGGAGAGUGAAACUGUCGCGAAGAAGAAUGGAUGGUGAUGGAAGUGUGGUAUUCUCAGAUGGGUGGGCGGAUUUUGUCAGUGACCAUGGAGUGAAGGUUUUCGAUGUUUUAGUGUUCAGAUAUGUUGGAGAUUCUUCGUUUGAAGUGACGGUGUUUGACAAGGGUAGUUGUUGCGAAAGAGAGGGUACUCAUUUUGUGAGUAAUGGUAGUUGUUCAAGUCCAAGCUCACGGAGAACAAGAACAACCUCUUGUUCAAGUACUUUGCACGGCAACAAUAAUACUCAUGGUAGCAAAUGUAAAGAAGAAAUUGUUGUUGAUUCAUCUGACAGCGAAGAAAUUGAUCAUGAAGAAGAAGAAGAACCAGAGGGAGAAAUUGACCAUGAAGAAGAACAACAUGAGGAAGAAGAUUAUUCAUGGGAAGGAGAAGGAGAAGAAGAAGAAGAAGAAUCUGAGGCUGUAGAGGAAGAGAUAAGAUCAAAAAGGGGGAGACCGCGAAAGCCAUCAAAUGAUCAAGAAAAUCAACAAAUCCAAAAGUAUUUCAUAUCAAAAAGAAGGGAGCUUAAACAAGAAGAAAAAACAAGAGCUUCAAAUAUGGCUAUGAAUUACAUCAACUCGAGCAAGAAUGAUAGGUUUCCUAUGUUUUCGAUCACCUUGUGUCCUUCCAAUGUUUACAGUGGAUUUCAUCUGACAAUUCCAAAGAAAUGGGCAAUGGAACAUAUGCUGAAAGAGCCUCAUGAAUUAGAGCUGCGUGUCCCAAAGGCACAGGGUAAAGGCCAAAGGAGCUCGAGUGUGGGAUGCAGAUGGACAUUAAAAGGAGUACAACAAUGUCAACUGAGAGCAGGGUGGGCGAGAUUUGUGCUGGAAAACAACUUGGAAGAACACGAUGCUUGUGUUUUUGAGCUGAUCAGGGAAGGGGAAUCUGAUUGCACAACUCCCAUUUUCAAUGUCCACAUAUUUCGUGCUAUUGAUCAAAUUGUUCCUUUGGCUGUGUCAACGCGUAUGGUCUAGCUUCGACUUAAAUUACUUCAAUUUCUCGAUCAUCUUCUCAACUUCGAGCAGCUGUGACACUCUUUAUCUAAUUGUAUUUCAGUAAUUUAAUUUCGACUAGCUUAAUCUAUUUAUGUAACUUUUACCAUUUGCAAUAAUAUCACUGCCUAACGUUUCUCUAAAAACAAAUAAGUUAUGUAACUCUUAUAUGUUUGUGUUAUACGGAGUACUUUAUAUUUCUAACCAAAGUGAGUGAGGUUGUUGUUGAGGUUGUUUUGUACGAA